ACUUUAGUGUCACACUGAAUUUUUGUCUAUCAUUAUCGUUCACAAGGCACUUUUUAAUUUAUUUUGUGUUAGACAGGAAAAAACUAGGGAAAUAUAUUGUAAAAAAAAUGGCCGCUCGCGGCGAUCUAACUGCACAAUUCAUUGAAAUCACUGGUACGGAUGAAAACGUUGCCCGUUUCUACUUAUCCAGCUGCGACUGGGACAUUGAGCAAGCGCUGGGCAACUACUGGAGCACACAGACCGAUUUACCAGCCACUCCGGCUGUAGUGAGUCAGUCGAAUAAUCCAACAACGGCGCCGGUAACAACUACGACCUCUGCAAGCGUCGGCGCUAGCGCCAACGUUACCGCAGCUGCAGCCCCAGCAGCAAAAAGCGUCCCAGCUCCAUCAGUUUCUUCAGCAACUGGUCCGCCAAAGGCUGCAACUACUAAACCAAAAUUUGCUACGCUCAGCGACAUGUCGAAGCAACCAUCUAGCGAUGAUGAGCAUCAGGCCUUCUAUGCCGGAGGCUCUGAUCGCUCUGGGCAGCAAGUUUUGGGACCAGCCAAACGCAAGAACUUUCGUGAAAAGUUGACCGAUAUGAUGCGUUCAGCACAGGAGCAAAACAUAGCAGAAGUGGGCGUAGGGCCGUCGACCAGCGCCUCGGCAAAUGUAGGCGGCGGCAGUGUUUGGGGGCAGGGUAUGCGCUUGGGCAUGACAGACAGCGAUCACACAGCAGUGGGCACCAAUCGAGCAGCUCAAUCAACGGAAAACAAGCCAGUUGUGGUGCUUAAGCUAUGGAGUCAAGGCUUCUCUAUUGAUGGUGGAGAGCUGCGUCAUUACGAUGAUCCACAAAACAAAGAGUUCCUGGAGACCGUGAUGAGGGGUGAAAUUCCUCAAGAGCUGCUGGAAAUGGGUCGCAUGGUUAAUGUUGAUGUAGAGGACCACAGGCAGGAGGAUUUUAAACGUCAAGCCGCGCCACAAACUUUCAAAGGUUCCGGCCAAAAACUUGGCAGUCCAGUGGCCAACAUUGUGACCAAUCGAACACCAGUUGCUGAUACCGCUGCCGCUGCAGCAUCACCUGCUGAUGUGGCCAAUCAUGAGGCAACUGCACGAGAUGCAAUCAAUUUGAAUGCCGAAGCUCCUUCAACAACACUCCAAAUACGCUUGGCAGACGGCUCCAGACUGGCAGCUCAAUUCAAUUUGACGCACACUGUUUCCGACAUACGUCGUUUUAUACAAAAUGCUCGUCCGCAGUACUCGAAUAGUAACUUUGUUUUGGUCUCUUCAUUUCCUACACGGGAGCUUAGCGAUGAUAACUCCACCAUCGAGAAGGCUGGCCUCAGGAAUGCUGCGCUAAUGCAACGCCUAAAAUAAAAUUGAAACAGCAAAUUUUUAAUAAUAAUAAAUAAUAAUAAUUGGAUAUGGCGCAUUCAAAUACAACUACAAACAUUCACAGAAAAACAAAACAAAACUAAAAGUAUAUUGUAUUGCCCAAUCGAUGUCUUACAAUUUGUGUCUAUUAUUAUAUACAUAUAUAUAAUAUAUAAAAUUGAAACGUGUUUAGUGAAGCAUGUGUCAUCUGCUUUGUGCUAUUAGGCAGUUGUAUAAUAGGCCAAAGUUUAAAUUGCGAUUUUGCAAGUGUCCAGCAGAAAGUUUAACUAGAAUAUUUUACUUUUUUUGCUAUCUAAAAGAUGUUUUAUAAUGUUCGAAUAGAAAGUUUCACAAAUUAAUUAUAUAUGAAACCAAUUGGAUGUGUUUUAUUGCACGUUACUAAUUGUUGUCUAAUUGGUCUUUUUAAAAUUAUAAUUGGUAAUACUUUUAUCCUAUUAGACAUUUCCACUCUUACUAUGUGGCCAUUCUUGGGGUUUUUCUCAAUUGACCUUUCCGAAAAUGUUCUUAGAUAUUUAAAACUUGUCCAAUUGUAUUGCUUGAAAAAUUGUCUAUUAUAAACAUUUUUAAAUUAAAUGAAAAAUUGUCAAAGUCUAACGCUUUUGGCAUAAUGGCAGUCGAAUUAUAAAUCAAUAUUUUUAGCUUAAUUUAACUAGCUUAGUUAACUAAUGUUAGACUAGACU